UUUAAGAUAUACGUAUCUAUAUUUUCGUGGUAAAUUCAGCACAACACGUGAAAGCAAACUUCUGCAUUGUUUUUAUUCGGUUCGUUAUGGAUGAUGAACAAGAAACUUACAAGUUAUGGCGCAUCAGAAAAACUAUCAUGCAGCUAUGUCACGAUCGAGGCUAUCUGGUGACACAAGAUGAAUUGGACCAAACACUGGAUGAAUUCAAGGCUCAGUUUGGUGAUAAGCCCAGUGAACGGAAGCCGGGAAGAAGUGACCUGAUUGUUCUUGUAGCUCACAACGAUGACCCCACAGAUCAGAUGUUUGUGUUUUUCCCAGAAGAACCUAAAGUUGGAAUCAAAACAAUCAAGACUUAUUGUCAGAGAAUGCAGGAAGAAAACAUUACGCGCGCCAUUAUUGUUGUACAAGCAGGGAUGACGCCAUCGGCCAAGCAGGCUCUGGUGGAGAUGGCCCCCAAGUAUAUCCUGGAGCAGUUCCGGGAGGCCGAGCUUCUCAUCAACAUCACAGAACACAUGCUGGUGCCGGAACAUGUCGUGAUGACCCCUGAGGAAAAGUCAGAACUUCUAUCCAGAUACAAACUGAAGGAUUCCCAGAUUCCCAGAAUCCAGCAAGGUGAUCCGGUAGCCAGAUACUUUGGUUUAAAACGUGGUCAGGUUGUCAAGAUCAUCCGACCAAGUGAAACGGCCGGGCGAUACGUCAGUUAUCGACUUGUUGUUUGAUGUAUACAGAUUGUCAUCCUGAACAGUUGUUUCAACAUUGUUUGUCUCUAAUGUGCAAAAGAGGACAUGUGAGUGUACCAAAUGACACAGAAUGAAGAUCAGCUACACAAGUAACGAUGACGUUGUCUGUAUAGGACCUGGAGGUUUCGUGAAAGGUGGCCAUCGAGCGGUAUCGCUUGAGUUAUCCAUAUUCCAUGUUUCAUAUCUCAUAUCUCAUGUGUCAUCCAUAUUCCGUGUUUCAUAUUGCUCUCAUGGUGUUUGCAAAAGCAGGCAUAGCUGAUGAUUUCUCUUGAAGCACAAUGUGAAGAUGUUGUACAGUGUUGCCAUACUCGGCCUUAGAAAUUGAGUAUUUGUUUGAGACUAGUCCUGGUCUAAUACAAAACCUUAUUACACUUGUGUACUAGACUGAUAUGUAGUAAAUUUAAAAACUGGUAAAGAGCAGAGACUUGUUGCCCUCAAAUGUUACACAUGAUUGUGCCCUUACAUUCAAUUGUUUGUUGUCUUCAGGACAAGAAUAUAGUCUUAAGCAAGCACGUGACUGUGGAUUUCGAAGGCUUAUACUGUUACCAAAAGCAGUUAAAAGGGGGUCCUGGUGUCCUUGGAGCUUGCUCCAAUAGUGUAUUCAUCUAGGGACCCACAUCUGUUAACAUUAGAAUUAUGACAAGGACUCCUCAACUUUCAUGCUAUAUUUUAAACACUGCUCAAGGUCAGGACUAAGGGUUCUCAUACCAUGAAGAUAGAUGUACAUUGUGUCUGUAUGAAGAGAUAGAUGUACAUUGUGUCUGUUUGAAGAGAUACAUGUACUCUGUUAUGUGUAUGAAGAGAAUCUUACAUUGCCUUGCAACUGCUGUUCCAUUACCUGCAAUAAUGGUAGUUGUAAGGGUUAAUAAAAUCAUGCAUUUUGUA